AUGGGUUGGAUCAUCCGCCACAAUGUCAACGAAAAUCCUCCUGAAUUCUUAUGCCCUAAUUACAGUUCUGGGUCACAAUUUUUCACCAUACGGAUGUACCAUUCUGGAAAAUUCGUAAAAUAUGGCACCAGGUAUUAUGUUGGGGAAAACAUGAGAGUGAGUCAUAUUGAUUUUUGUGACCCGGAUGAAAUGUCAUUUUUGGAAAUCAUUAAUAUUACUCGGGAUUUGGGUUUAAAGGAAUGCAAGAAGUUUCACGUGAGUACAAAUGGGAUAGAUAAUUGCAGUUCUUUGUUUGAGAUUCAAAAUGAUUCUGAUGCUUUGAAUUUGGUUAACUUUUUGGAUGAGAAUAGAGUGGUAGGCAUUUAUAUUGAGCAUCAAAACAGUACAUUGAGCACCAUUGCAUCUGAACCGCGCAAUGAUUACUUGCCUAGUGUUGAUGAGGGAAUGGAAUUUAUGGGAGAAUCUGACUUGGGUGAAAACGGUAGUGAUGGUGACACCGACAGCGGCCAAUCACUUGGGACAGAUUCUUCCAAGUCAGAGGCUUUUGUAGAGAGCGAUUGGGAGUUUUCUGAAAAUGAUGAUCUUCUUUAUGAAAAAAACAUAGAUGCUGAAGUUGAAUGGGGAGGUUUAGAAAUGAAAGGCUCUAAAAAUAAAUCAAUUUGCAGUGGUAGUGAAAUGGUCCACCGAGUUGAAACUAUUAAAAGCAAGUUACAAGUUGAUGAGCAAUUUAAACUGGGACAAUUAUGCCGCAAAAAAGGUCACAAUGCUAGAGGUUGUCCACUGGUAAAAGAAAGGCGGGACACAAGUUCAGGCUUGGAUAUUCCCCCGCUCAAUGAAGAAAUACAAACACUUCCAAGAAAGGGUUCCAAAAGGAAUAAUUCUGGUCUUACAUCUUUCGAGCAGCCCGAAAAGGUUUCUCGGAACAUGCAAAAACAGAAUAAAACACACGGAGUUAGAAAAAAACUACAAGGGUUUGUUGUUGUGUUUCCAGCUGGAAAGACAUCUCGUUGA